CCCUUGACGUAAAACAGCGCUACACACUGCCAAAGCUGCCAUAUAGUUUGAUUACUUGACUAGUUAGAGUAGGCAAGCUUGCAAAAUGGCCGACGACGAGAUGGCCCACGACGAGCGCGACGAGCGCAUGGACGCCGGCGAUAUGAAGCGAAAGGGACGUGGGCAUCGCGAUGCUACCGAGUGGGCGGACCGCUACGGAGGCGCCCGCUUCAAGGAGCUUGACCCGAACGCCAAGCCGGGGCCGACGGCUUCCGUGGAGGGCUGGGUCGUUUUCAUUACCGGCAUCAAUGAGGAGGCCCAAGAGGAGGACAUCCACGAGGCAUUCGCGGAGUUCGGCGAGGUCAAGAACAUUUACAUGAACCUGGACCGCCAGACCGGCUUUGUCAAGGGCUAUGCCCUCGUCGAGUAUAAGAACCACAAAGAGGCGCAGACGGCUAUCAACGAGAUGAACGGGAAAGAGCUCUUGACACAGACGAUCCAGGUGGACUGGGCGUUCAAGAAGCCCCAGCGGCGGCGGUAACGGCGACGGACGCGGCUGGGCGCUGGCGCAUGGAUGUGCUUGGGAGAUGCAUGUGGCGUUGAGUUAGCUUAAGACGUACAGGCCAGCAAGCUCGGAGCUGGAGUGAGUGGAGGCCAGCGGCUGGCGCGAGGGCAUCGGCAACACGGAGGCGGCGGAGGGAGCUUUAGGCGGUGCCCACAAACCGGACUGUGUCAGGACCGGAUCUAAGUGCGGUCGGUGCUCUAGGGGCUGAGCGAUAUAAAUGGCGGCCCUCAUAUAGGAGGCACGGCGGGCGCACGCGAGGAUGCGGUGUGGUUCGGGCGCAUGUCGGAGCUUAAAUGGCAGGGCAACUCGCAUGGAGCACGUGAAGGAGGUGCACUAGGCAGGGGGCCUGGUGGCCAUGUUGGUGUUCUUGUUGACUGGAACGGAACAAUGACCUGGACGGAUUCGGACAUGCUGUGACAGGCGAUGUGAUGUAAGGCGUGCGGUUG